AUGGCUUCUACACCUGUCACAAAAACAGUUGUGACCUACUGCGGCCAUGAAACAAACAGUCUUUGGUACAGGUAUCUGCAGCAGCUGUGGUGGAGUGAACAAUGGCAGCAGCAGGGGCUGGGAGAGUGUGUCUAUGACUAUAUUAGUGUGUGUGCGUGUGGCCCCGAGCCUCCCCGCGCCUCCGCAUCGCCGAGCCGGGAGCCGGGAGCCUCCGGGCCCCAGGAGUCCGGGCCCCCCGACGCCCCUGCCGUCCCCCGUCCCUCUCAUCUGCCCCCCGCUCCCGCCAUCCAGGAAAUCCGCCCCCCGCCGCCGGCCCCCCGAGCCUCCAUGGAGCCCGAAACCAACGGCACGUGGUGCUGGGCCUGGGGCAACGCCAGCUGGGAGCAAGGCGAGGCCGGGGAGGACUGCUGGGUCCCAAUGGGGCAGUGGGAGGGCCCCGAGGUGGUGCUGGUGCCCAUCCUCUUCGGGCUCUUUUUCCUGCUGGGCCUGUCGGGCAACAUGCUGGUCCUGCUGGUGCUGUGGCGGGCCAAGGUGCCGGGUCCGCGGAGCCCCACCAACAUUUUCAUCCUCAAUCUGAGCGUGGCGGACUGCUCCUUCCUGCUCUUUUGCGUCCCCUUCCAGGCCACGGUGUACUCGCUGCCAGAGUGGGUGUUCGGUGCCUUCCUGUGCAAGUGGGUCCACUACUGCGUCAUGGUCAGCAUGCUGGUCAGCGUCUUCACGCUGGUGGCCAUGUCCGUGGACCGUUACGUGGCCAUAGUCCACGCUCGUCGCUCGCUCUGCAUCCGCAGCCGUCGCAAUGCCGCCCUGGGCGUGGCCACCGCUUGGCUGCUGGCCGUGGCCGUGGCCGUGCCCACCGCUCAGCAUCAGGUCCUGGUUAGCGGGCAACACCAGGCGCCCAACAGGUCUUUCUGCUGGGAGCACUGGGGAGCUGGGCACACGUCGGCCAAGCACGCCUACAAGAUCGUUAUCCUGCUGCUGGGCUACCUGCUGCCCCUCAUGCUUAUCACCUACUGCUAUGCCAAGGUGCUGUUCCAUCUCCAUAAGAAAGUCAAGAAUGUUUCCAAGAAAUCCGAGAGAUCCAAGAAAAAGACGGCACAGACCAUAUUGCUGGUGGUGGCUGUGUUCCUGGUGUCCUGGAUGCCCCAUCACAUCAUCAUCAUGUGGGCCGAGUUUGGUAACUUCCCCCUCACCAGUACCUCCUUCACCUUCCGUAUCAUCUCGCACUGCCUAGCCUACAGCAACUCUUGCAUCAACCCCAUCCUCUACGCCUUCCUCUCCGAAAACUUCCGCAGGUCCUGCCGCCAAGUCUGCCCUGGCCGCUGCCUCCUGAAGCCUGCGCGUGAGGACAAGCGGGUCCGUAUCCGUAUGGAUAACAUUUCCGUGACCCGCUCCACCACUAAUAUGUAACGGGAAAGAAAGGCAGGAGGAGGGAUGGAGGGAUGAGCUGAAGGACGGGAGGAGGAAUAGAGGGUGGAGGAUAAGCCUUCCAGAUGGCUGAGGGCAGUUGAGGGGAGCAGGUACGCCCGAGUCCGGGCCCCUGCAGUCAUUGCUAAGAAAUGGCUUGGAUUCCCGGUCCAGUUUGGACUUGAACCAAGCUGUUUCCUACCAGGUACCAGAAAGUCCUCCUCCACAGCGAUGUUGGUAUGGUCUAGUGUGUGGCGAUGUUCAGUGGCGAUGUCACUGAGCUCUCCUGGCUUGAGGGAUGUGGCCGGUGCCCCGGGCACACUGUGUAGGCUGAGGGAGACACGAAACGUAUAAAGAGUUGGGAAUCUUCCCCUCUCCCUGCCAGCUUCUCUCCUCUUCUCCCCCUGCCCCGCAGUUCUCCCCCCGCUUCAGCUUUCUCACCAUCUUUGUGUCUGUGGCUCCAGUGCUCUUGUGAAAUACUCCUUUCUCAAACACCCAGCUCAGUGCUGAGUGCUGGUCACAGGGUUUCUGCCGAGCCCCACGAUGGGGCCGAGGACAGGGGGGUGAGGAGGGGCUCCUCCAAGCCCCUUGUGCAUCCCGAACUCACCUCCACGAUGACCAGUGAAGCUUUUUAUAGCCGUACCACCAGGGGGUGAGAAAUGAACCGUGUCACAGUAACCCAUCUCAAGACCUCUCAAGCUAGGCAGUUGGCAUGUCCGAGGUCAAAUCCAAUGCACUGGCCUUGAGAUAGGUAAAGGGGUCAGCCUAGGUCUGCAGUGGGGCUUAGAUUUUGGGGUUUGAGAUCAGUUGCUCCCUUGGGUCAACUCUCUCUGCUAACGUUUCCCCAAUGUCAAACCACCUCCAUCCAGCAGGCCUGGGCGCAGACCUCCUGCGGGGCCGGCCUUCUAGAUGUCGGCCGUCUCUUGGUGGGGUCAAUAGCAGCUGGGCUGGAGGUGGAGAUGGGCAGUCCCUUCUUGGGCCUCUCUACCUCCCCCUUCCUUUUACCACUACAAAAAGGGCAAGCUUUCCUUACAGGCAACCGGUAGAUGUCCGAGUCAUCACCAUCUUUUCGUGUUCAGUGGUAUUUAAUGGCAACUCCCACGCACGAGCCCCGUGCUAGAUGCCGAGAGAACAAACAGAGAAGUAGAAGACCUGUUCCCUGCUCCCGAGAACCAUACGAUUGAACAGGGGAGACAGGUGGGCAUGAGAAGCCAAACAUACCGUAAUGAGGAGAACGUAUGUAUAGAUAACGACAGG